AUGAGUGAAUAUUCCAAGACCGUGACGGCAUCAGGUGCCGCAUUGCUCUCGGAGCUGUCGCAGCGCGUGACGCAAGUCCAGGCGCUCGUACAGCAGCAUGUGGUUGAGCGCUCACUCUCUAAAGUGCACACUAAGUUUGCGCAAUUGAUUCUAGCUGCGCCGUCGGCUGUCGGCUCCAAUAACGAAGUGCAAUCGCUCUUGAGUGUCGUGACGGAUGAAAUUGCGCAACUUAUGAGCGCCAUUCAACUGCUUCAAUGUUGGAUUCAACUGCACGUUCCUAAGGUCGAGGACGGCAACAACUUUGGUGUUGAGGUGCAGAAAUACGCCUUUGUGCACCUUAAAGAGUCUUUGGAAAAGUGGCAGAAGAUAUGGGACUCUUUGUCGGAUUACAGCUCGACUAGAGCUACAGCCGUGGAGAAACUGAACGCUAAGGCGAACUCUGAGACCAGUACUACUACUACUGUUACCUCUUCGAGGGGUGGCAAGGAAGGCGACGAAGAGAAGAUUGUCACGGCCAAGGUAGAGAAGCAGAGCAAUGCCGGCAGCCAAGCGGCUGAAGACGCUAUAGCUGCCGUUGUAGCCCUUGAUGUCAAGUGGUACUUUAACUUGGUGCGUGCUUUGGAAGGUGUGCGUGAUCAGUACGCGGUGACGGAGGACGUCAUCACAAAGAACAAAGACAAGAUUGAGCUACCGCGCGGCAAAAAUGACCGUGCGGGGUUUAAUAUGUUCUAA